CAACAUGGACUCAGACAGAAAAACUUUCUUCUACGCCCUCAUGUCCACAUUGGCUCUGAUCCGCACCGCCAACACCCUACCUUGGACAGACCCGCCCAUCCAGCCCAACACCCACUUCCUGUUCAUGUGGAACGCACCCACGGAACUCUGCGAAAGUCGCUUUGGGAUGCCCCUUGACCUUUCUUAUUUCCACCUGAUCAGCAGCACACUGAAGUCAGCCACCAACCAGAGCAUCUCCAUCUUCUACAUCGACCGCUUUGGCAUCUUCCCAUAUGUGGACAAAGACACCGGCAAGUGGUGUGAGGACGGCCUGCCGCAGCUCGUAGAUAUGAAGGAGCACCGUGAGGAGGUAGAGAACAACAUUGAGUUCUAUAUCCCGGUCAACCAACCGGGUCUGGCUGUGCUGGACUUUGAGGAGUGGCGGCCACAGUGGGACAGAAACUGGGGCAGCAAAGACAUUUACCGGCAAAUCUCCAUCGAGAGAAUGAAGAAGAAGAAUGCAACCUUAUCUGACAAUGAGGUGGAAGACCGGGCCAGGAUGGCCUUUGAACAAGCCGCCAAGGGAUACUUUUUACGAUCAAUCGACAUCGGCAAACGCUUACGGCCAAAAAAGCUUUGGGGCUACUAUCUGUACCCCGACUGCUACAACUACGACUACAACCAGGACAUGGCGGGCUUCAGUGGACAGUGUCCCCAACUGGAGAUGGAGCGGAACGACGAGCUGCUGUGGCUGUGGAAUGUGUCCACUGCUCUCUUCCCGUCCAUCUACUUGGAGCUGGUGCUCAGAGACUCAGAUCAGGCUCGGCUGUUUGUCCGCCACCGUGUUCAGGAGGCCAUGAGGGUGUCGGCGCUCGCCAACAGCUCCCACUCCAUCCCUGUCUACGCCUACAUCCGGCCCGUCUACAAGGACAGCACCAAGGUCUACAUGUCAGAGCUGGACCUGGUCAACACCGUCGGAGAAGCUGCCGCUUUGGGAGCCGCCGGCGUCAUUUCCUGGGGAGACAUGAACGUGACGGCCUCAGAGGACUCCUGCUUGGACGCCCGGCGCCACCUGGAGCGGGUCAUGAACCCGUACAUCCUCAACGUCUCCACUGCGACGAGGCUCUGCAGCCUGGCGCUGUGUCAGGGUCGAGGCCGCUGCGUCAGGAAGCGCUGGGACAGCGACGCCUUCCUCCACCUCGACCCGCGCCGGUACUGGCUCCAGCGAAAGCGGCGCGGCGGCCCGCUCACGGUCGUCGGCGGACUCUCACAAGAUGACAUUGAGCAGUUUGACCGCAGCUUCAACUGCAUGUGUUACAGCGAGCGGCCCUGCCGCGCUGUCCUGACGCUCAACGUCAUCCAUGACACCAUGGACAUCACGCAGCCACGCUCGGCCGGACGGCCCCUUACACACGGGUCCCACCCACUGCUGCAGGUGGCGCUGCUGUGCUGUUUGAGGGCUUUGAUGUAAAUGAGCGUCACAGACAGGAAGUAGAAUCGUUCUGUUUCCUGUCAGUGUGUCUUUUCCUUGAAGAGUGAAAAGUUUUAAUGAUUAUUUUUAUGUUUAUUCAGCCAAUAACAAGAAUCAUAUUUUCA